UCCGCCACUGAGUGCGGACGUGUCGGCGCGCGCGGUACAAAUAUUUCGCAUUAAACGCGUUUCUCAUUGAAAAUAUGAAUUAAAACUGUCGUUAAACGAGUUUAGUUGUUGUGAUUAAGAUUUGUUUUUUCAGUGACUGUGAUAAGAAGGGAGAUACGGUGUGUUUUCCCGCUGUUUCUCAGCGAGAUUCUUUCAGGAUGGUGUAAGAUGAGCGGCGGCUGAGCGUCAGCGGCGAUGAGCGCGCCCGAGCCGCUGGUGCUGGAAGCGCUGCAAGGCCAUGUCCAGCAGCAUGACAAGUGGCCUGGGCCCAGAGCCGUCAAGAUCUUCGUGGCCUCCACUUACAAGAAUUUCCGGGAAGAACGGCGCCAAGUGUUGGAACUGGUGGGACCAGAGCUGCAGACCACAUACGAUGACCGGUAUAUCGAGUUUGAGUUCGUGGACAUGCACUAUGGCACAGACGGCGGCGACGAGGCCAACCCCGCGCUGCUGCGGUACCAUCUCGACGAGAUACGGUGCUGCAAUCAGACGUCCAAGGCGGGGUUUUUCCUGUGUUUUAUCGGCGGGAACCCCUCUCACUACCACCCGGUGCUGCCAUUCACGAUUGACGCAGAGAGGUUCGAGCAGCUGGUGAAGAGCGAUGGCGCUCAGUCGGCGCUGAUAAAGGCAUGCUACAAGCUCGGUGAUGGUCGCUACCACCUGGAGGGAGAUGAUAAGUGGUACAGCGAUCUACUGGAGCGCGACGAGCAGCGGAAGCGGCUUACGGGGGCGCAGAGAGCGUUUAACAACUUAGCGCUCGAAGCGCUCGAGAGGGGGAGCGACGUGGCCGACUUACUACGGAGCCCGGUGGAGAUACAAUGCGAAUUAGCUUUGGAACUACUCAAAAAUGGGAAACAUCCGGAAGGAAUGGUGGCAGUUUUCAAAGACAUUCCCGAGUCGAAAUCAGAUGACAAACUAAUAACAAUUACAAUUGAAAGGUUAAAAAAGCUACAAAAGAAGCUAGAAGACAGUUUACCUGCGACGCAUGUAAUAAGAGUGGGGCCGUCCUCAGCUGAGUCCACCCCGACUGACCCGGGGUCAGACGCGGAGGAGAAACUGUCCCCGUUCAGGGACAAGUUGCAGACGGUCGUGAGUUUGUUAGUAGACGAUAGCCUAAGCACUGAACCUGAUCAGGGGAAGGGUAGAAAAAAGACUGUACAGGAAGUUUUCUUAGAACACAUAACGCACCUUAGGAUAUGUAUAGAGCAUAAUAAGAAUUUUAAAGUUAACGCUAAGCAAAUAGAAGACACAGCGAAGAGUAUAUUAGACAACGCCAAAGAGUACUACGAAAGUAGAUCUAGACAUCCACCCGUGCUUAUCCAUGGCCCGGACGCUUCGGGGAAGACGACACUAUUGACCCAUCUAUACUUCAAAUGUGAAGAGAUAUUCCCAAAGCGGGUACUACGGAUAGUGAGAUUCUCGGCCGCCACACCGCGAUCGGCCUACAACUUAGAACUUUUGCGAGUUAUGUGCCAGCAGAUAUCAAUAAUACUGAACAUUCCCGAGGGGUACCUCCCCAAAGACGCCAGCUUCGAUCCUCUAUACAUAAACAAUUGGUUCCAAAGUUUGCUGAGAAGAUGCGAGGAGAUGGAGAACGAGAUCCUACUAAUAUUCAUCGACAAUAUCCACAGGGUGAAUCCUCUGGAGUGUGAUAUUGUGACAGGGUUGUCUUGGUUGCCCAUGUCAUUGCCUCGUAACGUGUUCCUAGUUUGUACGAGUUCGGUUCCUUUGGAGCAGCUGCAGCUGACUCCGGCUCAAAAGGAGAAAUUCAAGGUUCAGAACUGCUACCAUUUAUUAGACGCGAUAGACGACACGACGGAGAACUGUAGCUCGGAACAAUUCAUCGAUGGUGCCUUCGAUAACUUAGAAGUGGUGUUCGGUGCUAAAGCGUUUAGCAAACUUGCUGGUUAUAUAACUUGCUCUGAGUUUGGUCUGACGGAGUUAGAAUUACUGGAACUGCUGAUGCCGACGUCCAACAGCGAUGCUGUCAUCACGCUGCAUGAUGCCAACUUCACCUUUUCAACGCUAGCUGUGGCCAAAUACAUGAUGAAGACAAUAAUCAGCGAGCAAGUAGUUUCGGGUCGCAGCACGUGGCGGUGGCGCGCGGCCGCGGCCGGGUCUCGCGCGCGCCGCCGCUACAUCCGCGUUCAGAGCGCGUUACGCGACGCUCACUCAGACCUCGCCGCCUUACACUUCGCCAGCUUCCUACAGGACGCUGAGGAGAAUGAUACGUCGGAAACUCAGGAACCUGGUUGCGUGGCAGACGACGACGCGUUACUCGAUUCCACACCGUUCCACUCCGCCAGCCGGACCGCGGCCGCCUUCACGCAGCGACACGUUGAAGAGUCCUGGCUACAUCUCCUCCUAGCCGGGGAUUUCAGCAAGCUGAAGGAUCUGACUGUGUGCAACUUCGAUUUCUUGUUGGCUGCAGUGCAGACAGUGACGAUAUCGUAUCUCCGGUGCAUCCUGGAGCACGUCCGCUGCUACAUCCUGGACCGCGACGUGGAGCUCGUGUACGGCGCGGUGCGGAAGGCCAGCGAUAUACUCACACGGGAUCCCAUGCAGCUGGGCGCUCAGAUAAUUGCUUGGCUGCGACCAUCUGUGGCGCGACGCGGGGUGCUGGCGACGCUGGUCACCGCCGCCAUGGCGUGGUGCGACGGAUACGAUAAGCCGCUGCUUGUGCCUUUGAAUGGGUGGCUACAUCCACCGAUAGCGUCGACCGUGCGUGUAGUGUCAGCUGGCGCGGCGAGCGGAGCUGGCGUCAGAUUACUGCAGCUGGCGCCAUCAGGACAGCAUCUCGUGCUGGCGCCAGCGACUGGCGACCCGCAGUUGUGGCACGUUAUGUCAAAUUCUCGGGUGCAUACGUUCAAAGGUCAUUCUGGCAGAAUACUUUCCAUGUGUGUGACGCGGGAGUCGCAGUACCUGCUCACAGGGUCUGAAGACACCAGCGUCAUAGUGUGGGACCUACACACAUUGGCUGUAAAGACUAAAAUACUGGAACACAUAGCGCCAGUACUGUGCGUGGCGGCCAUCGUCAAUCGUUCGCUCGUCAUCAGUGGGGGAGAGGACUCUGCGGUAAUAGUCACCAGUCUAGUCGAUGGAGCUUUGGUGACAAAACUAGACCACCACCGGGGUCCAGUGACUGAAGUGAAGGUGAUCCAAGAUGGCGAAAUUUUGGUGACGUGCUCACAAGAUGGCACCGUGUGCACGUGGAACGUGGACAACUUCACUCUGCUCAGCACUGUGAAUGCCGGCGCGCCGAUCCAUGCAAUGACGGUGACAGAUGACAACGUGUUCCUAGUCACACUUCAGGGUGAUAAUGAGCUCCAUGUGCGAACUUUUAUCACCGGUACACAUCUACAUUUGCUGAAGAGGCAUAAAGCUAAGGUGAAAUGCUUUUGCGUGGGCCAUGACUCCUCCCGAGCGGCGGUGGGUUGCGCUGACCAGAGGAUCUACAUAUACAGCCUGCACAGCGCGCAGCUGUUACGGACGUUGGCGGCAGCACACGACCUGGCAGCAUUGGCCAUUGCUGACAAGGACCACUUCUUGUUGGCCGCUGGUGGCAAUCGUGUGACAAUUUAUUCAUUCCAUACGGAAGACAACUUGACAAACUUCAGGCCGACCAAACAGAUGAGCCGGCGGCAGACCAAGUCAAGAACUAACAUUACUCUGUUGCAGGCCGAACAGAACGAGCUCAUCCCGAUCAGCUGUCUCGAAGUGUCUCGGGACGGCCAACUGGCGGCCAGCGGUUGUGCUCGCGGCCUGGUGCGAGUCUGGCAGCUGUCUACUCACAGGCUACAGGCUACCCUCAGCGGGCACAUGGGCCAUAUCACCUGUGUGACCUUCUCACCCAAUAACCUGCUCGUACUGAGCGGGUCCGAAGACAGGACAGUGGUCGUUUGGCAACUCGCUGAUAACUCACCGUCGCUGACUUAUAAGGGUCACCAAUCAGCUCUGCAAACAUUACUAAUGAUGUCGGACGGUCGUCGCGCGAUGUCGGGCGAUCGCUCCCGUCACGUCCACGUGUGGCUGGUGGACUCGGGCAUCGUGCUGCUUUCCGCCACCUGCCCCUCCACUAGCAUAGACGUUACGCUGAAUAUGAAGUAUGCGGUAUUAUCCGACGGCGAUAACUCUGUCCGCAUCUGGGCUCUCGCGGAGGGUGAUAUAAGCGAAGAGAAGAGGUCCGUGUCGCACGCCGAGAGAGUGACAUGUUUCGCGCUGACGGCGGACUCCCAACACAUCGUCACUGGCUCCUGUGAUAUGUCGCUCAAAGUGUGGCAGCUCAAUGGCGGGAAAUUGUCUCAAGUGCUAGUCGGUCACACGGACAUAGUGACGUGCGUGGCGGUGUCGAUAACGAACAAGACCCAGGUGGUAUCCGGCUCUUGGGACUGCAACCUCAUCGUGUGGGACAUCAACACCGGCACCGACCUUCACCUGCUGUCCGGACACCUGGGAAAGGUCACGUGCGUCAAGGUCACAGGCGACGGAUCUAUUGCUGUCUCAGGUGCCGAAGACAAGACCCUAAUAAUUUGGGAGACGAAACGUGGGUUAGCACUGACGUCACUGGCGCUGCACGUCCCACUGCUGGGCUUCCAAAUCACUAGCGACUGCUCCAGGAUCGUCGUACAUUUGUUGGACAGAGGUUGCCUGCCAAUAAUCUGCCUGCACAACACGCCGGCUACGUACGUCAAGAUUCCGACCUACGCCGCGCCCACCAAGGACGCCGACGAACUCCGUCCUCUGGCGCCGAAGCGACCGAUGCGUCGUCUGCUCAAGAAGGAGGUGUCACUGGACACGUACACGUGGCAGAAGAAGUACGCCCAUCUGACCUCCGCGGCCAUGAUGGCGCAGGUGGACGAACGGCUGAAAAGAAGAUUCUCAGUAUCGGCUUCGAUGGAGGAGAUCUCCAAAAUCCAGGAGGCCAAGAACAAAGACCUGGGCUCGCAGGUGAGCCUGGGCCCGGAGCAGGCGGCGAUCGCGCAAUCGCAGCACUUCGACCAGCUGGAAGCUCUGUGGAACAAGAUAUCGCCGCCACGACGACGGUCCAACAAGUCGUUGUCGAAGCAGAGUUCUCUAAUCGAGAGAGUGGACUCUUCAGACGAGGAUCACACUCCUGUGGAAGAACAAGAACACAUGGUGGAGUAGAAAGUAUAAUUUUAUUCUUACUACUACUAUCUAUAUUUAUUUGAAAGUCGAGCUGGUCUCAUAUUUUUAGUUUUAGUUAUUUUUGAUUAUUGAAAAUUAUAGACGUUUUCCCGAAGUGCUAACAUAUUAUUUAUUUAGG